AUGGGGGGUCAGCUACAUGUACCUCACUACCCAUCUCACAUCGUCGCCAGCUCGCCCCGCGAAGAAACCAGUCCCGAUCACGAACGGGCGUUCCUCCGCUUUGCACCCCCAUCUGGCUCCUCUGGCGUGUCCAAAACCCCCCUGAUCAAUGUCUGCAAUCGGGGCCCCCGUCGAAUUUUCCUUCUCGAAGCCGCAGAGAACAAUUUGGCGAUCAAGGAAAAAUGGAGACCAAGCUUAUGGAGUCGGUCAACGAAGAGGGCUCGUCUGGGGCCUGAUGUGAUGUGCUGGGAUGCUAGGUGCUGGACUGCUUCGUCAGGCGUGCGUCGUCACUGGUCGGCAUGCUCGUGUCCUGUUUGGGAACAUCGCAACGAUAGUCCCAGGAUGAGCCGGGCGCAUCGAGGAGUCACAAGUGGCCUGUCGCAGCUGACGCCUUUUGCAGUGUCUCUAAUGGCCCUCUUUUUUUCUUCUUCGCCCCCCUCCCUGGAAUCCCUGGAAUCCCUGGAAAAAGAACAGUCCAGGGUGUGUAGAUCCUGA